AUGCCUUACACAGCCUCAGGCGCUGAUCGUGGACCAGAACAGAAAAAACGGUGCGGAAUCCUGAUGGGACCGCCACAGGGGACCAGAUCUACACCCUCCUUCGCUGGGGAUGCGCGGGCAGAAAGACAGUUACGGGCAGCAGGUGGAGGCACCGGAGGCACUCGACGAUGGCUUGACUCUGCAGACAUCCCACAUGAGACGAGGAGCCGCCACGUUUCUUUGACCGCCAGCAACACCCCUCGGCCGACCCUCUUCAACCCCUCGAUCAGGGAAGAGACCGAAGAAUAUCAAGACGCCGACGCCCUGGAGCCCCUCUCCUCCUCCUGUCACAGAGAAACACAAGAUCUCUCUUACAAAAUGCUUCGUAUGCUCCACUUUCUUGCGGUGCACUUCGCACAACAUCCAGCAGAUCCCCCUUCCUGA